ACUCGUAUACAUAACAUAAGGAGCUGUCCUUGAUAACCGGCAUGUCAACGGCCGUUAUAAUAGCCGCUGUGGUUGGCGGCGGGGUUCUACUCCUAAUGCGCCGUCUCUUCCCCCGGCGGAAAGCAGUAAAGCUGCUCCAGUAUCCGACCGACACCAUGCGUGGAAAGACUGUGAUAGUGACUGGGGCUAACAGCGGGAUAGGAAAGGCCUUAGCCGGGGAGCUGCUGAAGCUUCGCGCCCGGGUCAUCAUGGCCUGCCGGGACCUGCGGAGCGCCGAGGACGCAGCCCAGGACCUGAGGAGCCGAGCGGGGCCAGAGCAGGGCCAGGUGGUCAUCAAGCACCUGGACUUGGCUUCCCUACAAUCUGUCCGGAAUUUUUGUGAGGAAAUCAACAAGGAGGAACCUCAGAUUGAUGUGCUGGUCAACAACGCUGGGAUCUAUCAGUGUCCCUACACAAAGACAGAAGAUGGUUUUGAGAUGCAGUUUGGAGUGAAUCACCUGGGCCACUUCCUCCUCACUCACCUGCUGCUGGACCUCUUGAAGGCUUCGUCUCCCAGCCGCAUUGUUGUUGUUUCCUCCAAACUCUACAAAUACGGCCACAUCAACUUUGACGACUUGAACAGCGAAGGGAACUACAACAAAGCUUUCUGCUAUAGUCAGAGCAAGCUGGCCAACCUGCUGUUCACACUCGAGCUGGCUCAUCAGCUCGAGGGCACGGCGGUCACGGUCAACGCCCUCACCCCGGGGAUGGUGAGGACCAGACUGGGACGGCACGUCCAAAUGCCUCUACUGGCUAAGCCGCUGUUCCACCUUGCCUCGUUGGUCUUCUUGAAGAGUCCGUUGGAGGGAGCCCAGACGCCGCUCUAUCUGGCCUGCUCCCCCGAGGUGGAGGGGGUGUCGGGGAAGUGUUUCGCUAACUGUGAGGAAGAAGAGUUGAUGGCCAAAGCUACAGACAAACAGGUGGCCAAGAAACUGUGGGACAUAAGCAGGAGGAUGGUUGGACUCGCAGAGUGACCAUGGGGCCAGUUCUGAGGGCCGGACUGUUAGGGAAUUAAGUGUUCUUGGACAUCUUUGUUAAUCCACUUUUGCUUGCAGACAACAUUGUGCAAGAGAAGGGUUGUAGAAAAUCCUUUUUUUUCCUCCCUGGGGAUGAAAACUUUAAUGGAAAGACAUGUUGUGCCUCUGAAAUGGGAUAAUUAGCAGACUCUGUGCUACAUUACAGAACUGAUUAGAUCUCAUAUUAUGAUUUGAAUUUUAAGAAGUUUCUGUUCAAGUAAAGUUUUAAAAGAA